GUUUAAGUUUUAUAAUUCUUUAGUGUUCCAAAAUACAGUGUGUAUGUUUUAGGAUAUUCAUAAUGGCUGGUCCAUAUAUAUCUCCUCUGCCAGGAGACCUGUUGACAGAAUAUAUGUUCGGUAGAAGACGUCAAAGACGUAACAGAACGACGUUUAGUCCACAACAAUUGCAAGAACUAGAAGCACUUUUUCAAAAAACUCAUUAUCCAGACGUGUUUCUCAGAGAGGAAGUUGCACUUAGGAUUAGCUUAUCAGAAGCCAGAGUACAGGUUUGGUUUCAAAACCGUCGAGCUAAAUGGCGAAAACAAGCCCGCCUUCAGUUACUCCAAGACGCUUGGAGAAUGCGUUGCCUGGGCUUAAACUCUCCUCAACUCAUCAUCCCUGGACGGCCGGCAGUACCUUCCUUGCCACCCCUACCACCAGACCCAUCCGACAAACCCUUAGAUUACCCCCUAGUUAGUCACCAGUCCUCUUUUCCCCUACAACAUCCUCCCCACUGUCCCUUGUCCCCUGACAGCGAAACGUCAAUAAGGAGUUCCCCCAGUCCAAGGAACUUGUCACCAGGAGUUCCGGAUGAUCUGUCAGUACCGAAGAAGAUGGACACGUUGAACGGAUUGGACAAUAAUAAUACGAUGGUUACUCAGAAUGUACAGAUUUAA